AGUUGAGAGAAAACACAAAAGCAAUUUGCAAUGGCCGAAUUCUCAGUGGAACGUGUGGAAGAUAAGCGAACGGUUAAUGGUCGCACAGAAUAUUAUUUAAAGUGGAAGGGAUAUCCACGCAGCGAAAACACUUGGGAGCCGGUCGAAAAUGUCGAUUGUCCCGAUUUAAUAGCAACUUUUGAGGAAUCUUUAAAGAAUAACAAAAAGGAGACAAAAAAACGACUCCCCACAAUAUCCACACCAGAAUCGAUACGCAGUAAAAGGAAAUCAUUCAUGGAGGAAGAAACCGAUGAACAGGAAAAGGUGAUUGGCUUUGAUCGCGGCUUGGAGCCAUCGAAAAUUCUGGGUGCCACCGACUAUGCGGGAUACCUGAUGUUUCUAAUGAAAUGGAAAGGUAACGAUCACGCCGAUUUAGUGUCCGCCAAACAGGCGAAUGUCAAAUGUCCACAAAUUGUUAUUCAAUUCUAUGAGGAGCGUCUCACAUGGCACAAGGGCAAUGGCAAAGGCGGCGGAAGCAAUGGAGCACGUGGCAGUCCCACUGGCAGCAUCAAAGAUGAGAACAUUAAGCCGGGAAAUGCCGACACCAUUUAAGCCAUAAAUACACUUUCA